GCGAGCGUUGGGCUCCGCCGCCCAGCGCUGAGCUCCUGGUCCGCCUCAGUCUUGGGGAGCGAGUCGGGCCUGUCGCCGUCGCCGCCGCCGCGUCGGGCUGCCGCAGCCCCGGGCCAGGCCUCGGCCGGGCAGAAGCACAGGAUCCAAGCCGCACAUCUCUGAGAACAUGACCCUCCCUCUGCCUCCCUUCUGCACCUCUGACAGCCAUCUUGCUGCCAUCCACUGAAAGGAGUCAUCCUUCAUGCAGUUGCCGAAGCCGGCAUCUGUUAUGCACCUGAAGCCAUAUUGGAAACUCCAGAAGAAAGACCUCCAAGUCAGCAGGGACACGCUGAGAACGCCUGUGAGCCACCAGAACAUUGCCAGUGAUGAAGAGGGCAGAGCUAACUACAUGAAAGCAGCUGUCUUCCCUCCAGCCUCCCUUGUCAAAGCAGCAUCUAGAAAACCUUUUGGGAUUCUUUCUCCAAAUGUUCUAUGCAGCAUGAGUGGGAAGAGCCCUGUGGAGAACAGCUUGCAUGUUAAAGCCAAAAAGAAUGUGCCGUCUGCAACGGUGCACCAGGGUGAGGAAGAAGGGGUGCCUGGGGGCUGGACCAUUGUCAAGCCUGGAAACACGAAGGAGAAAAUUGCAUUCUUUGCAGCGCACCAGUGUAGCAGUAGGACAGGAUCUAUGAAAAUCAAAAGUCCCUGGGAUCUCGACGGGAGAGCCACUAAAAGGAGGAAAAAAUCAGGGGGCCUUACGAGAGCCAAGGUGCAGCUAGAAGUGAUGAGGGAGCUCAGCAGCCCGUGCUGCCAGCCGGAGCCGUUUGCAUGUGGCAUCGAGCACUGUUCUGUGCAUUACGUGAGUGACAGUGGGGAUGGUGUCUAUACAGGGAGACCUCUGUCAGUGAUACAGAUGGUGGCCUUCCUUGAGCAGAGAGCCACUGCUCUGCUAGCUAGCUGCACAAGUUCACCUGCCAUUGUGAAGAUUUCUGGCCAGUGCCGAGGUGUGCCCGCUGUGCCUGAGCCCGUCUCUGCUCCAGGAACUUGUGAGGAACCCACAGAAAAAGAGAGUCCUGCGGGCGACCGGUCACAGGGUGAGCCAGUCCGUGUCCUUGACAUGGUAGCCAAGUUGGAGUCAGAGUGUCUAAAGCAACAGUGCCAGCGGGAACCUGGGGGCUUGUCACGGAGUAACAGCUUCCGGCGAAAUGUGGGCAGGGUCUUGCUCACAAACAGUUCCCAGGCCAUUGAAAAGGGCUCCGAAGACACAGCUGACACCCAGCUGCACCCCAUGCAGUCGGCGCCUGUGGGUGAAGGACCCUCGGCAACUGACCAUUCUGCAGGGGACCAGGCCUGGGAUGGUACUUCUCAGGGCUGUCCCUCAGUGCCAGCAGGCAUGACUUUCCACAUGGACAGCACAGAAUUAGAGCCAUGUCAGCAAACAACUGUGACAAACUGCGACCAGAAUGACGUAGAAAUGACAGAUGAAUUUGGUGAAUUGCUCUUUUCUUCCCGUACCUGUAUCCAAGCCACUGAGCUGCCCACAGAUGCCAUCAGCUGUCGGGGCAGAGAGCACGUGCCAUUUUCAAACCACAGCCCUGACCAGAGGAAAGAACCUUUGUGCAUCAGCGUCACCGUGUGCACCGUAGAGAAAGCCCCACCUUCUGCUCUGGACUCCCUGGAAGAGCCUCUUCCUGGGAUGCUGUUUUUUCUGUCACCUGGACAGGAGCAGCCACAGUGCUCCCAGCUGAAUGAACACACAGCACAAGGGGCCUCAGAGGCCCGGCAGCCUCACGCUGCUGCCGAGGGCAACAGUGCAUGCAAGGAGAAAGAUGGUUCUGUGGAGCCACUCGGCCCAGCAGCCUCUGCUGUGGAAAGUCCGUUACCGGUGCUUGAGACAUCCAGCUUGAAGAGGCAGGUGUCUCGGGACUUCCUGGAGACCAGGGUUAAGCUCCAGCAGCUUCUGGAGCCGCAGCAGUACCUGGCCUGCCUGCCGCACCACAUCCUGGUGAGGAUCCUCAGGCUACUCCCCACCCUGAGCCUGGCGGUUCUCAAGUGCACCUGCCGCUACUUCAAGUCCAUCAUCGAGUACUACAACAUCAGGCCGGCGGACUCACGCUGGGUUCGAGACCCGCGCUACAGAGAAGACCCCUGCAAGCAGUGCAAGAAGAAGUAUGUGAAAGGGGACGUGUCCCUCUGUCGGUGGCACCCCAAGCCCUACUGCCAGGCAUUGCCAUACGGGCCUGGGUACUGGAUGUGCUGCCACCAGUCUCAGAAGGGCUUUCCCGGCUGUAAACUAGGCCUCCAUGACAACCACUGGUUACCUGCCUGCCACAGCUUUAACCGGGCUGUCCAUAAGAAAACUAGAGGCAGCGAAACGGAAGAGGAAUACUGAAGUCCACGGA